GGGGGUCCUCCUCCUCCUCCUCCUCCUCCUCCUCCUCCUCCUCCUCCUCCUCCUCCUAUUCCUCCUCCCCCUCCAACUUAUGGUGAUGGUGGUGGAAAACAGGCCCAUCAUGUUCGCAGUGCAAUCUUUCAUUGUUCGGGGGCCCACGCUGGCUGAGAUCCUUCGAUUGGGGGGGUGGCACUGUUCAACCUCUUGGCGCACCCGGGAGGCUCAACGGAUCCGCCGCACCCAUUUGCAACCGCAUAUCCCUCGCGUGGCGUGCGGCAGCGCGAUGUUCCGCUGUUGCUCCGACACGCGGGCCGUUGAUGCCGAUGCCGAGCCACCCCUGCCGGUAUCCGAGGACGAGGUGAAGAAGUCCUGGGCAAAGGCACCAGAGACGUUCGAAGUGGAGUUUGCACACGCAAGUGGCACAUUUGGCCUUGACAUCGGUCACCACGAGUCAACAUGUCUGAAGAUCAAGGGGGUCAAGGAUGGCAGCGUGAGCAAACACAACAAGGCUCACCCAGACAAGGCCGUAAAGGAGGGCGACUUCAUCAUUGCAGUCAACGGCGUGAGGGGCGUCUCUACAGACAUUCUUGCUGAGAUGAAGAAGAAACAUAACAAGAAGACGUUGAAACUCCUAGUCAGCCGCGGUGCGCCAGUCGACGAACCAGUCGCCUGCAGGCUGAGGUGUGCUUGGACAGAGGAAGGGACUUAUUACCUGAAUGCCGCAAACGAUCCCCAACAGCGCGAAGUGCAGUGCUACACCUUGGACUCAGCAUGGGGGAGUGAGAAGUGGUUCAUUCACGACGCUGGAGACGGCUUCAAGAGGAUCCAGAACCAAUGGACUGGGAAGUAUCUGAAUUGGGUGGAGGAUGGCACAGGCGUGGCGCUGGAGGAGUACAAUGAAUCGUACGGCAGUAUGUUGUGGAAGCCCGACUCCAACGUCAGUACCAGUGGAGCCUUCAAGUACCAGAACAAGUAUAAGCCAGAGUUCUACUUGAACAUGGCGGCGGGGUCAGGACCUUCCCGCUCGGUGGGCUUGACGCCUGAUCCAUCUGCCGACUUCUUGAGUGCACAGUGGAUUAUUGAACCUUUGGUUGCUGAGGGGGGUGUCAGUUUGGUUGCUGAGGGGGGUGUCACUUGCAGGGUGCAGUGUGCGUGGACAGACGAAGGGACUUAUUACCUGAAUGCCGCAUUGGACCACCGCGAAGUGCAGUGCUACAUUUUGGAUCCAACGUCCUCAAAAUGGGACAGCAUGAUGUGGUGGGUGUAUGAUGUGGGUGACGGUUACCAGAGGAUCCAGAACAAGUGGACCAAGAGGUUUCUGAAUUGGGUGGAGGAUGGCACAGGCGUGGCACUGGAGGAGUACAAUGAAUCGUACGAUAGUAUGUUGUGGAAGCGAGACUUCAACGUCAGUACCAGCGGAGCCUUCAAGUACCAGAACAAGUAUAAGCCAGAGUUCUACUUGAACAUGGGGGCGGGGUCAGGACCUUCCCGUCCGGUGGGCUUGACGACUGAUCAAACUGUCGACUUCUUGAGUGCACAGUGGCUUCUGCAGAGUCCCUGAGUGACGUAGCAGCCCGGGACGCAGACGACGGUACACAUUUCCGCGGCGACCGGUGGAUAGUAGUGCGAGCAGUUCUCUACAUCGCCAGUCAUAUUUGCGGAACAGCUUUUCGUUCCCAACCAUCCUGUGGUGUCGGGCCCUCGUUUUGAAGAGACAGCGCCCCGCAUCUCCUCCUCUCCUCUCCUCCUCCUCUCCUCUCCUCCUCUCCUCCCCCUCCUCCCUCCCCCCCUCAUCGCCUCUGCUCUUCGCAUGUCUCAGUUUCGCCGCACCGCUCACACGUUUCGUGGCCCCAUUGGGAGCUCCACCGAAGACCCCCAUGGCAGGACCCGCAUACCGGCUCCGCCGAAAGCCCCAGUGGAAAAGGCCGCCUGCCGCCGACGGGCCACUUUGCCACGUCUGCCAAACGUGUCGUGGCUGCAUGGAAGGAUCCACCGAAGAUGGUACUCACAAGUGCGGUACGUGUCACUGCUUAUGGCUUGGCUUUUCGCCAGGCAAAUGUUUGACGAACUGUCGCGCAGAACCACAGCGCGUCCUUGCCUAAAAGACGGUAAUGGCGAGCCAUAUGCUUGUGCCGUGAAAUCUCGUUGACAGGACGGCCACGCUAUGCUUGUUGGAGGCACGGUGGCGGAUCCCUAUGGCUGGCCUGCACCAUAGCGUGGCACCGCAGCGGCAUCAAUAACUGAUCACUGCCCGUGACAGCAAAGUUCUGUCUCGCAUGGGCAGUGCUGCCUACUCGACUUGAGAGUCGUCGGGCUGUCUAUUCGUGUGCUCGUUCAGCUUGGCUUUUCACGAGGGCUGCGGUCCUGGUGCUCGAGAAGUCUUAGUCGAAAGUUUCAGUGACGGGUGGAGGAG